AUGAAGAGCAACAAUAAGGAUCAACAAGUCAUAGGUAUCACACUCACUUUUAGUGUCAAAAAAUUUUCAUUCAACUUACAAUUUCAAGAUCCAUCUUUUAGCUCUAAUCCACCACCUCAUUUUCCUCCUACACCUCCAAUCUCAUCAAACAUCUCAAAUCCAUCAAAUAACCUAACAAAAAUUCCUAUCAAUCAAAAUAAUUUGGUUAUUACCAAUACUACACCUCCAAUCUCAUCAAACAUCUCAAAUCCAUCAAAUAACCUAACAGAAAUUUCUAUCAAUCAAAAUAGUUUGGUUAUUACCAAUACUACUAACCCUAGUUCAAAUGGGUUGGAAGAAUUUUUGAAGAUUCCAAUGGCUAUGCAUAAUAUGAAUGAAGAUGAAUUAUUUUGGAGAGCUACUUUGAUUCCUAUGAUUCAUAAACCUCCAUUCAAACAAACACCAAAAGUUGCAUUUAUGUUUUUGACAAAAGGUGCUGUUUUAUUGGCUCCACUUUGGGAGAAAUUCUUCAAAGGUAAUGAAGGGUUAUAUUCAAUCUACAUUCAUCCAAAUCCUUCUUUUGAUGAAACGGUUUAUGAUCAAAACUCUAUCUUUCAUGGCCGCAGAAUCCCUAGCAAGGAGGUAAAGUGGGGUGAGAAUAGCAUGAUAGAGGCGGAGAGACGUUUACUAGCAAAUGCAUUACUUGAUUUCUCAAACCAACGUUUUGUACUACUUUCAGAAGCAUGUAUACCAUUAUUCAAUUUCUCCACAAUCUACAAUUAUCUAAUGAACUCAAAGAAAACUUUCAUUGAAGCCAAUGAUAUAGUAAGUGCUGUUGGACGUGGAAGAUACAACUACAAAAUGAAACCAUUGAUUGAACUUUCACAAUGGAGAAAAGGGUCACAGUGGUUUCAAAUUGAUCGUAACUUAGCACUUCAUAUAGUUUCUGACAACUUAUAUUUUUCUGUGUUCAAGAAAUUUUGCAACCCUCCAUGCUAUAGUGAUGAACAUUAUUUACCAACAUUGGUUAGUAUCAAAUUUUGGAAGACAAAUUCUAAUAGGACAUUAACUUGGGUUGAUUGGUCAAAAGGUGGAGCCCAUCCUGCAAAGUUUAUUAGACCACAUGUGACUAUUGAUUUUUUGGAGAGGUUAAGGUUUGGAAGCACUUGUGAGUACAAUGGGAAGACAACCAAUGUUUGUCAUUUGUUUGCAAGGAAAUUCACUCCUCAUGCUUUGGAUAGAUUGCUUAGAUUUGCUCCAAAGUUGAUGCAAUUCAAUUGA